AUGACGAUGCAGGAGCUCGCUCGCACUCGCAAUGCACGUCGACCAGCAACUCUCGGGCCGAAGGACAAUACAGAACAAAAAAAAACCCGCCGUCCACUGUCGAAGCGGACCGUAAACGGGAGAAGGGAAAAGGGCGGGUUAAGGAGUGUGGUUGGUCUCGCGAUGAGAAAAAAAGGGAGUGACUGUGACUGUGAAACUCGAUGGAGGAGCAGCAACAACGACGAACGAGCAAAGACGGGAAAGAGGGUGCGACGUCAAACAAGGUGUGUGGCAAGCAAAAUCCCAGGCAAGCCCUGCUGCUACUACCGUGUAAGAAAGCCUCUAGCCAGGAGGGAGAAGAGAAUGGGAUUAGGAUGGGAAUAG